AUGGCACAAUUCGAACAUCCAUCAUUUAAUACAUUGUUACCAUCAUCGCAUUCCUCUGUGAAACUUAAAGCAGCUGGUGUCAGAACCUCGUCUCUCACACCAUUACCACAAUAUUUAACACAAGUUGUCAACUCGUAAUCUGUUGCUGGAGCACAAUUGUACCCCUUUUCAUACACACAAGUAGCACUACAUCCAUCUCCACUAGAUGUUCCAGAAUCGUCGCAGUCCUCACUAGGAGGCUCUUUGUAUCCAUUACCACAAGCAGCUUGUAUGCAGACUUAACUUGGAUUUACGUAAUAACUCUAUGUUGAAUCACAAAAUGAGCAGAAAUUAUGA